AUGGGAUGCAAGAUAGGACAACCCAGAGAUGGACCACGAAGAGCUGCAAUUUAUGGAAAUAAGAGUAAUACGCUACGAAGAAUACAAAUUAAAAUUGAUCAUUUAAGAGGAGACUUAGAAAGAAUAAAUAAGUACAUUGAAGGUAAUCCUACAAGAAGACUUAAAAACAGGAUCAAUAAGAUAUUAAAAACAUACAAUCUUCACACACGCUACGAAACAAAUCACACGAAUAUUAUUAACACAAGAGACACUAUAAAACAGAAACUAUGUGUACAAGUAGCGAGACAGCGUAAAUACAAGUUGUCGAAUCAAAGACGAGAAAACAAUAGACUCUUUAACAACAACGAAAAGCAAUUCUAUAGAAAAAUACGAUCCAAUGCCAAUACGUCAGACGACGUAUAUCCAAGUAAGAAUAGUGCAGAAAAUUACUGGAGUUCACUGUGGUCCAAUACACAAAAACAUAAUGAAUCCGCUCUUUGGAUUGAAAAAGAGAAAGAGAAAUAUCAAGAAAAAAAAAUGUCAACUUGUCUAAUUACAUGUGAUCAGGUCAAACGAAUUAUAGCAAAAACACACAACUGGAAAUCUCCUGGACCAGAUCACAUACAAAACUUUUGGUUUAAAAGAUUUACUGCAGUCCAUCAAAAAUUAACUGAACUUUUAAAUGAAUGUCUACAAAACCCCGCAACAUUUCCAAUCAUUUUUACGAAAGGAAAAACAUAUCUAAUGGCGAAGAAUAAUGGAUUUAAAGGAAACCCAGCAAAUGGCCGUCCAAUUACUUGCCUCCCAACAAUAUAUAAGAUACUGACUGCUUGUAUUGGCGAUCUUAUAAAUACAUACCUUACACAAAACGAUAUAAUGUGCGUAGAACAGAAGGGAUGCAAAAAACACGCAAAAGGAUGUAAAGAACAACUAAUAAUUGACCAAAUAAUAUUGGAACAAGCAGCUAAGAAAAAUAGAAACCUGCACAUGUGUUUUAUUGAUUACAUGAAGGCUUUCGAUAGUAUCCCGCACAGUUGGCUGAUUGAAGUCCUGAAUAUAUACGGUAUUCAUUCAACUAUUGUUAAUUUUCUUGAACACAACAUGACGAGAUGGCGAACAAACAUAGAAAUGUUCACUCAAAAUGGUGUCAUACGAACAGAUGAAAUAAGUAUUCGACAAGGAAUUUUUCAGGGUGACUGCCUGUCAGCCUUGUGGUUUUGUAUGGCGCUAAAUCCGCUAAGUAAUCUCUUAAGGAACGCAAAGUAUGGCUUCAAAAUUAAAGGCAAUUCUCGAGAAUGUAAAAUAAAUCAUCUCAUGUAUAUGGAUGAUUUAAAGAUAUAUGCUUCGACGCGAGAAACCUUAGAUAAGCUUAUUAAAAUAGUCGAGGACUUCAGUAAUGACAUUAGAAUGAAGUUUGGCAUUGAAAAAUGCAGAAAAAUCAGUAUUGUUCGUGGAAAAAUCGUUAAAUUCGAAAAUUUUGAGCAAAAUGAAUCGAUUAUUAAAGACAUGGAAGAAGACGAACUGUACAAAUAUCUUGGUGUAUCUCAAAGCAGAAGAAUAGCACAUAAAGCUGUAAAAGACAAAGUAUAUAGUGAAUUUAAAGGACGUAUUCAUAAGAUAGCCAAGACGAAUUUGCAGGGUAAAUCUUUAAUAAAAGCCAUCAAUACUUUUGCUAUUCCCAUUCUGACUUAUUGUUUCGGAAUAAUACAAUGGACAACGACUGAGAUACAAGCGAUGCAGCGAAAAAUACGAACUAUGCUCACAGAAUACAAAUUCCACCAUCCAAAGUCAUGUUGUGAGCGAAUGACUAUGCCUAGAAAGGAAGGAGGUAGAGGCCUUAUUGAUCUACAAGAACUACACGACAAUCAAAUUAUAUCAAUGAGAGAAUAUUUUUUAAAGAACGCAGAAAAUGAUAUCUUGUUUAAAAUUUUAACCGAAGCAGACAAGCAUUACACACCAUUAAAUUUGGAAGGAACUUUUGAAAGAAAAGCACAAGAUCGGCAGUGUAAAGAGCAAGCUUGGGCAAUCAAACCGCUACAUGGAAGAUAUUAUAGAUCCACUAACGCCGACAAUGUCGAUAAAAUUAUGUCGCACAAAUGGCUUACAUGUGGAACACUAUUUGCUGAAACUGAGGCAUUCAUGAUUGCAAUACAGGACCAAGUAAUUCCGACAAGAAAUUACUGCAAAUUUAUAAUGUCAGACCCUUCGCUAAUUAGUGAUAAAUGUCGGCAAUGUGGAGAACAAACGGAAACUGUAGAUCACAUACUGGCAGGAUGUACAUGCUUAGCACAAAGAGAAUAUACAAAGAGACACAAUAACGUGGUUAAUAUUUUACAUAAGCAAAUAUGCAAUAAAUAUAGACUUAUUGAUAGAGAAAAUGUUCCAUACUAUAAGUAUACACCACAAGCAGUAUAUGAUAAUCCAGACGUAAAAAUUUAUUACGAUCGAACUAUUUAUUCCGAUCACACGAGGUUGCACAAUAGACCAGAUAUAACUAUUGUUGAUAAAAGACGUCGAGAAGGACUCUUCAUUGAUGUUGCAAUACCAAUGACCAAAAACAUGGAUCGUACUUAUUUUGAGAAAUGUAGUCGAUACGCAGAAUUAGCUGUGGAAACAAAACGUAAUUGGAACCUUAACAAAAUUGAAAUUCUUCCAAUUAUAAUUAGUGCUGAAGGUGUAACGCCAAAAAGUUUAUUGUCGCAUAUUCGAAGACUUGAAUUAAACCAGCGAAUUAUUGAUGACAUCCAGAAAAGUGUUAUAAUUGAUUCCUGUCAUAUUACUCGCAAAUUUUUAAAUAUUAAUUAA